AUGGGUCCGCUGAAAUGGACGACGUUCCUGUUCGCCGCUGCAGCGAUAACGUGCGGCGGCGUUUCCGGGGACUUUCUCAUGGGCGGCCACUUGGACAACAAAAACGGCCAGGAAAUGAUGGAGAAGCGCAUGGACGACACGGACCUCAUGGCGGAGGAGAGCAGCGCGUCCGCGACGAGCUAUCCCGACGGCGAGGCGAGGUACAAAAUUCCGUACGCCUUCGCGUUCAACGGUGGCGUGCCCUUCUCCCUCGAGAAGGAUCCCAUCACCGGUGAGAUCGAUCUGGAGAAGGCGCCGCCGCUCAAGGCCCUCAACAUCUCCGAGAUCUAUCAGGACGAUGAUGAGGAGAGCAGCGACGAUUCCGCCACGGAGUCGGCGGCUGCUCGCAACGACGAGGACAGCAGCAACGACGACUACGGCGGCGCCUACGGCAAAUUCGGCUAUCACGACGGCAAGCGCAAGGGCGUCGACCGUCUGGGCCCCAACGAGAUCAAUCCCUACUCGCCGAGCUUUCACGACUUUCUCAAUCUGCCGGUGAAGUACAGCUCGGACAAGUACCAGCAGCGGCAGGAUUAUCCGCUGAUCUCGAGCAGCUACGCCAACACCAAGGUGCAGAGCGGCUCCAACAGCUACAACAUCAACAAUCACCGGCCGACCUAUCACCAGGAGACGGCUAUCAGGGUGUCCACGAGUACGCCGAGUCGCAGGAUUUAUUAUCCCAAAUCGACUACGACUACUACGACGACGACGACGAUGAAACCCAGAACUACUCCCACGACCACGAGUACGACUACGACUAGCACGACGACGACGAUGAGGCCAACGACGACGUCGACGACAACGACCACGACGACUCCCAAACCCGUGGAAAUCAUCAAGAAAUACACGUCCCCGAAACUGGUGAGAUUGACGAAAGCGACGACGCCGAUGCCACCGCCGACUCCCAGAGUGACGACGUGGAAGCCACCGAAGACCAACGCCAAUCGCUACGACGUCGACGAGUACGACGAGAUGCUGCCGAUCGAGAAGCUCCAAGGCACCGGAUUCAGCGGCGACAGCAUGGGACACUACCCGAUGAUGGUCAACAACGGACACAACAGCGGACCUCAGAGCCCACCCAGAAUGACCACGACGACGACGACAGCCGCGCCAGCGGCCUACGACAGCUACGACGACGGCUACGACGAUUACGAGCUGUCGUCGCACGAGGAGCAGGCUGACAGCAACAACUCGCACAAUCGCUAUCAGGCAGCGGAAACGACCUUGUCCUCGAGCACGUCUACUACUGCUACGUCUGACUCGAGCUCGACGGCUGCCCCGACGACGAUGAGCGACGAGUCCGAAGAAACCGUACCACCAACAACGACGCCGCCGAUCAGCGACGACUCCUCCACGGUGAUCCACCUGACGACGGCCAAGACGACGGCCUCCGUCUCGACGCCGGUCACCUCGAUGCCGAUCGACGUGCCGCACAUACCGCCGGUGCACGAGAACUUCGUCGAGAUCAACAACAGGCCCGUCGUGUCGAACGUCGUCGAUUUCUAUCAUCACGGUAAAAAUCCGUCGAGCGUCGUUCAGGCGCCUCCGCCACCACCGCCUGCGUUGCACGGCGCCAUGCGUUACCCACCACCGCCACCACCGCCUCACUCGCCGUACACCAGACCGGGCAGCGUGAUCAGUGUGCUGCCCGAGAGCACGAGCAACGUCAUAGUGCCCCACGACCAGGACACCGUGUCGUUCGUGCUGGGCAAUCGGCAGAACGUCGAGGGCAGCUACUACACGCACGGCUCGGCCGUGGAGGAGCGACCCUAUCCGGUCAACGAGGCGAGCUUCAGGCCGAUUUACGGAUCGAUGAGCGUGAGCGUGAUACAACAGCCAGCUCCGGAUCAAAAAGUGUCGGUAUCGCUUUCGUCCGUGGCCGUCGUCGAGCCAUCGUCCGCUUACACGCCCCAGAAGUGGUACAAUAACAACAAUGAACAAGAUACGCAGCAGCAGCCUCCAGCUGGUAUGGUCAAGGCCGGCUUCGUGAGCGACGCCGAGCCACCGAAACCCCAUCGUCAGGGACCUUACAACAUCAACCAGAACAACAAGGACGACCAGAUGGACUCGUCUCUGCAGAACGACGAGGUGCAGGUGUCGAGCGUCGUGACGUUCCCGCAUCGGAUCCAGGACAAGAAGGACGACCAGGUGUCCGAGCCCAACGUCAACUCCAAUCGCGACCAGAGACCCGUCGAGGAGCACGUGAUCGUGAUCAAUCAGGCCGACGGCUCGGUCAAGGAGAUCGAGCAAGGUAAUAAUCAGCAGCAGCAGAAUCAGCCGCAGCAGCAGCAGCCGGAGGUUGAGGGUGUCUUCGUGACCGGAAGCGUUUCCGGCAACGCGCCCAAUCUCAAUGUCAACAACAAUCCGCAGCCAAAGCUGCCCCAACUCACGGACAUGCUGACGCCGCCGAUGAUGGAUAGACCACCGAUGAACAGACCACCGACUGGAGCGCCGAAUCAGCGACCACCGCACUACUUCCAUUAUCAGCACGGCGGUGGACCGACCUCGGGCCCGAGCUCGUCCACUCCCAUGCGUCCGCCUCAGAGGCUGCCGAUGCCGCCGCGCAAACCCGAGCCCGUGAUGCCCACGGUGGGCUUCAAGCGUCGACCCGGCAGCACUCAGGACCCCAAGCUGCCCAAUGUGCUGCCGCACUUCCGGCCCAACGCCAAGACGUCGCACGGACAUCGCGGAGCUGAAAAGAUCGGUACCAUCCCGGCAGCGCAGAGCUACUUGAACGGCAGACCGCCGCGACCCCCGGUACAUGGUCAAUCGCCACCGCCGCACUUCCAUCCGGGUGUCUUGGGGGCCGCGCCGUCGUCUCAGCGUCGUACUCAUCUGCCGCCCCAGCCACCGCAUCAACAGCCCAUGAACUCGCCGGCACCGCCGUCGCAUUUCCAGCGUCCGCCGCCGUUGCCGCUGCCCCAAGCGCUGCAGCGCAAAAAAGAGGAUAAUACGGUAGGGACGAUGCCCGCACCAGCCUCGGCGCUGCUGCCGCCGCAAGCUCGACCUCAGCACGGGGCCCACCAGCAGCAGCAGAAGCACCGCAUGGAGGACGAGCUGGCGAACGCCGAGCGCUUCCCCGUGGAGCCGCCCCAGAUAUCGCCGAGGCCCAUCGUCUUCAUCAAGAAUCGCUCGGACGGCCACAUGCCCAAGGUCGCGACCCUGCAGAUGAUACAGCAGCGGGGCGGUGGACUGGACGACGAUCUGAUCAGGUCGAAUCUGCCGCCGCUGUUCAAGGUCAAGAGCGGCAGCAGCAGCAGCGACGACGAGACCGAUGAUCGCAACGAGAACUCGACCCUGAACAACGAGACCGACCGCAAGGACAACGACGUCAACAACAACGCCGGCGCCGACCAAGUGGGACCCGUCUACGUCGUCUACCCGGUGAACAGCGCCGUGAACAUCGGCAGCCAGGAGGACGAUCGGGACGGCGACGACGACAGUGCCGGCGAGCGCGACGAGUCCGUGGUGAUCGGUACCGCGAACGGCUCCCAGCGGCCCCUGCCCCCCGUCGCACUGCCCGUGCCCGGUCAGCAGUCCUCCUCAUCCUCCCAACAGCAGGAUCAGGACGACAUCAGGCGCAACGAAGCCGCCGACGACGCCUCGGACAGGCUCACGGGACUUUAUUACGGAAUAAAGAAACCCGAUUUGGGAAACGGAAUCAAUUAUCCGGAGCAGCAGCCGUUCCUGAGACACGAGAAGCCGCUGCUGGUGCCGAGCGACGGUCGGGACGAUCUCGAGCUCGCGCCCCCCAUAGUGCACCAUCCUCAUCCGAAUCAUCAGCAGAUCUAUCAGCUCGAUCGAGAGUUCGAGGACCAACAGCAGCAGCAACAACAGCAGGCCGAGCAGGAGUCAUCGUCUGGUAGCAGCAGCGACAGCAGCUUCAACGUCAUAUCCUACCUUACCGAUCUUCUACCGUUCGGCAAGAAGACUCAGCCACCGCCGCCGCCGCCACCUCCCACGUCGACGAUCUCGGCGACUCUGCCGCGUCUGCCGCCGAACAAAGCCACCUCGCCCAUAGCCUUCGUUUACACGCCGACGACGCCCGCGUCGACUCGUCAGCGGCUCGAUCUCAGCGACGACGGCUCGGCGGACGGCUCGUACGAUCCCUACAACGGUAUUGUAAGCAAUCAUCGGCCCAGGGACGAGAAGCCCGUGCUGCUGCCGUUCCAGCAGCCGAGCAGCUCGUCGUCGUCGGCACCCUCGCCCCAGAACUUCAUGGCGCCCUUCGUAGCGAGCGUGUCGGCCGAGAUGCCGGCCAAGAACGGCUGGAGCGUCCAAAAUAUCGAGAAGAGAACCGGCAACGCCGAGUCGGAAGACGGUAGCCAGGAGACGGAGGCGCAGACCGAGCGAACGAACGCCGAGAAUAAUAACUCGGCCAAUACCGGUGGUAAUCCCGGCAGCAACAGCGGCUUCGAUCCCGAAAAUUUCAAGCCCCAGCUGUUCGGUGGCUUCAAGCCGAUCUACGAGUUCCCGGCGAAUCCGAGCGCGGGCAACGAGCAGCAGCUCACCGGUCGCAGCGGCAGAUCGAGAAUGUACAAGUGAACACGAUGAGGACGUAAAAUGACGCGAUCAUCGAUAAAGAAAAAAAAAAGUAUAAAAAAAAUUCAGGUCCCGUUCCCUUGGGCAUUUCACACGAGCGAUCCGCGCUAAAAUCGGAGCAAAUCGGAUGUGCGCUGCGACGAUGCGA